CAAAGCCUCACCAAGAUGUCAUGCUAUCUACACCAGUGCCUCCCUCCAGCCUACCAGAACCCCAUCCCCAUCAAGUGCUCGCCAGUGUAUACUGCCAGACAUCUGCCAGUGCCUACUUGGCACUCAACACUGUGCACACCACAGUAUGUGUCCCCCUGUGUCCCUCGACAGCGGAUCAUGUCCUCCAGCUUCUCCCAUGAACAGUGUGUAACCAAGUGUGUGCCGCGGCUGCAGUAUGAGACCAAGUGUGUACCACAGCAGCAGUGUGUGACCCAACGCAUCCAAGAGCAGCCACGUGUAACUCGGUGCGUGACAACCUGCAUGCCACAGCAGCAGUGUGCAACUGAGGGUGUGCUGCAGCAGCCUUGUGUGACCAAGUGUGUGCCACAGCAACAGUGUGCCACUGAGGCUGUGCCACAACAGUGUGCAACCAAAUGUGUGACCGCCUAUGCCCCUCAGCAGCAGUGUGUGACCAGAUAUGUGACCACGUGUACGCCACAGCAGCCGCACCUGACCAAGGGCAUCCCGCAGCAGCAGUGUGCAACCAAGUGCAUCCCACAGCAGUGUGUGACAACAUACACCCCGCAGCAGCCAUGUGCAACCAGGUGCGUGACCACGUGUGUCCCACAGCAGCGUGCAACCAAAUGGGUCUCGCACCGCUUUGUGACUUCUUCUGCCCCGCAGCAGUGUGCCACCACAUACGUCCCACAGCAGCAUGCAACCAGGUGUAUGACCAAGUGUGUCCCGCAGCAGUGUGCCACCGACUGUGCUACCAUUUGUAUCCCACAGCAGGAUGCCACCAAGUGUGUCCCACAGCAGCAGUGUGAGACAACUUGUAUCCCGCAGCAGCAGUGUGCCACCAAGUGUGUCCCACAGCAGCGGUGUGCCACCAAGUGUGUGCGACAGCAGCAGUGUGCCACCAAGUGUGUGCCACAGCAGCGGUGUGCCACCAAGUGUGUCCCACAGCAGCGGUGUGCCACCAAGUGUGUGCGACAGCAGCAGUGUGCCACCAAGUGUGUGCCACAGCAGCAGUGUGCUACCCAGUGUGUCCCACAGCAGCGGUGUGCCACCCAGUGUGUCCCACAGCAGCGGUGUGCCACCAAGUGUGUGCCACAGCAGCGGUGUGCCACCCAGUAUGUCCCACAGCAGCGGUGUGCCACCAAGUGUGUCCCACAGCAGCAGUGUCAGUCGGGUGGAGUGAAAAUUUCAAGCCAUGCUAAAAAGUACUGCUCUGCCUCCAAAUGGCCCUGGUAA